CUGCUGUGAUGUCACUUCCACAGGGGCAGAGGUAUAUAAGCUGGAGUGCUGCAGUGCACAGUGUCUAACCAGAGGAAGCCAGCAAAGGGAGAUAUACAAGGAGUUGGGCACUGGAACAAAGGACUGCACCCUUUAGCCCAGACGUCAGCUGAGAAUGAUUUAUAUAGGGGUUCUGGCAUUAGCCCUGUGUGCUGCACAAGUGUUCUCUCUUCCUGUGUCCAGUCUGGGUAGUGAGGAUGACACUAAGGUGAUGAAAUGCGUUGUGGAAGUCAUUUCAGGCACUCUGUCCAAACCCAAUCCUGUCCCCGUUAGCCAGGAUUGUCUGGAAACGCUACGAGGAGAUGAGAGGAUUAUUUCCAUCCUGCGGCACCAAAAUUUGUUGAAGGAGCUCCAGGACCUCGCAGCGCAAGGGGCCAUGGAGAGGCUGCAGAAGCAAAAGAAGAACGGUGGGUUUGGGGGAGAGCUUUCGGGCAUCCUUGAAAAGCAGAACAACAAGGCACAGCUCUCUGAAAAAUCAGACGUGUCUGCUCUUCAUGGCAAAUCGGCAGAAAGCGAAGGCGGCAAGCGGCAGCCCGAGGAAGAAGACGAGAGGAGGGUGAGCUCUGAGCAUACCCGGGAAGGGGACAGUGAAGAGGAGCUGGAGAGUAAUGAGAUCAGUAAGAGGGAGGACUCUUCGGAGGAUGAAGAGAUUGACAACCGCAUCACGGAUGAGAUCAAUGACAUGGAACCUCCCAAGGACAACCAAGAAGACACCAGUGGUGGUCGGACAUCUGACGAGAAGGAGAUGAUUUCCAAAAAGGAGCCAGAGGCUUCUCAGAUUGAUGACACCAGUGAUCCUGGGAAAGAAAACCUGACGCAAGAGGGCAAUGAAACGGACAAUGAGGAGGAUGACACCCAGCGAGAGGACAACUCUAUGAGGAUUCCUGAAGAUUUCAACAAAGAGACGACUGAAACUGAAAGCAGCAAAGAAAGCAAACAGGAUAGUGACAAGACUGACUGCAAGGAAGACGUGCCCAACAGUGAUGAAGACACCUCAUCGAAAGACCUUGAAGAUUCCAAGCGAUGGAACAAAAUGGACGAGCUGGCCAAAGAGCUUAGGGCCAAGAAGUGUGCGGCGUCAGGCAAUAGUGAGGAGGAUCCAGACCACUCUAUGAAGAUUCCACCCAAGGACAAGAAAUACAACCCCAGCAGCCAGGAGAGCACAGACGCACAGCAGUGGCCGCAGCGCCUGAGAGAGGACAACAGCGAAAGUGAAUCUCACAUUUCUAAAAGGCCAGAAGAGAGAAAGGAAGAAGCUAGUGCCAUCCGGAAGACCGAGGACCAGGAGCUGGAGAGUCUGGCAGCCAUUGAGGCAGAACUGGAGAAUGUCGCGCACAAACUGCAUGAUCUGAGGAGGGGCUGACACCCUACUGAGCUACAACACUGUUCUUUUCGCCAUUGCACAUUCUAUAUUUGUAUUCUACGUUAACCCCACAACUGCUGGAAACAAAAAUACAUUGCAAUCACUAGCAGCAGUUGUAGGGUUAAAUGUACAGUAGAUUUCAUUUAUCGUUCUAACAGGUCAUGUAGUUGGCUAAUCUGGCUGUCACAGGAUCAUUUCUUUUUUUGGGGGGAUAAAAGCGGUUUGCUGUCUAGCGAUCAUUUUUUCAACCCAUUUUCAUGGGCGCCAAAAGGCGCUGUGCGAUGUCGGACGUUCUUGGCAAUGAGUCUACUGUUGUUUCAUUUUUAUAUUACUGCUUCAGUUGGGACGUUAAAUGCUUUUUAGUAUAAUUAUUAUUUUUGUUAGAUUAACAUAUUGCAAUAACUUGUUACCUUUUGACUAAACCUGGGAGCGGAGGUAUAUUGUUAAAAAAAAUAAAAUAAAUAAUAAGGGAAAUAAAAUGCUGGAUUUUUCCUUUA